AUGGAGCUCAACGUUAUCAACUCUCUGUUAAUCAUCGCACUCUACUGUAGCACCAUUGAUGCCGAUCAUAAUCCUGUGGGCAACUGUCCCUGUACGAAACUGAGUAACGUCCAAGUGAAACAUUUCCAGCGGCUGCAGAGUUACACACUACAACUACAACCCCCAUGUGCCAUCAAGGCUAUUAGGUUCCGUUUCAAAACAGGGAAUGGGUCUGUAUGUGCAGAUCCAACGUUGCCUUGGGCUAACAAUGCUAUGGCAUACCUGAACAAGAGGAACAAGAAGAAACCCACAACCCCACAGAAACCUCCAACCCCACAGCCUCACAAUCAAGGCCAUACCAGCACAACAACUGCACAGCACAAGAGAUCUACACCCUCUACUCUGGCACCCAGUUCCAAACUUUCAACAUCGACAGCCACAUCACCCAGUAAACCCAAGGAGACGGAGUCAACAUCACCACAGCCAAUACCCCCGACCACCAGCCCAGCCAGAACACAGACACAGUCAACAACAACUCUGCAAACUACCUCGACCACCAUGUCCACAAAAAAAGCCACCAAGCCAACUACCACAACUACCAUGCCAACAAGAAAAGUCACUAAGCCAACCACCACGACCACCAUGUCCACAAGAAAAGUCACCAAGGCAACUACCACAACUACCAUGCCAACAAGAAAAGUCACCAAGCCAACUCCCUCGAUCACCAGAAAAGUCACCAAACCAACUCCAUCGAUCACCAGAAAAGUCACCAAGGCAACUACCACGACCACCAUGUCCACAAGAAAAGUCACCAAGCCAACUUCCACGACUAAACGGUUCAAAAUGGCCUCUUGGCUUGCCAGGAGAAGGAACAGGGGGAAGAAGCCGGGCCUGAGGAAAAAACAACGGGCAAAAAGGGGUUAUCACCAUGGCUGA